AUGGGAACGGUCCACAUAUUGUUGUUUGUAUUUCUGGCCACUGCUUUUGCAGAUUAUUGCCCAUCCGGUUAUGUUAAUUCCAAUGGGAUCUGCCUGUGGGGUAGUACACCACACGGAGAUGGAACGAUAGAUUCGGCUCGCCAUCAAUGCGCCCUAAAUGGAGCCCAACUCCCAAAAAUCACCGAUGCUUUCUAUAACUCCCAAAUUGCACAAAUUCCAAAGAACGAUACAAGCUCCGAUCGAACAUUUUUGAUUGGUGUUAUCAAGGGAGCUGAUGGGAAUUGGACGUAUGCCGAUGGAACACAGCUAGCAUAUCAAAAAUGGGCGCCGGGUCAACCCGACAACCGUGAUUCUUGCGCAAUCAUCGAUAAUUCAACCUUUUGGUACUCGCGAAGCUGCUCCAAACCGUCGAAGCUGAUCUGUGCUCUUGCGCCCCAACCGACCGCUCGUUGCCAGCCAGGCUGGAUAUUUUUUAACCAAAGCUGCUAUUGGUUCCAGGACCUGACCUUCAACUCUGACCAACAAUGGAACCUUUUCAACUUUGACGAUGCGCAGCAGGCUUGUAAUGCUUCCGGUUCACAACUGGUUUCGAUUCAUUCAAAGAUUGAGGCCGAUUUUGUGUACGACCUUGUCUACGCGCACUUUGUCAACGAAACUGUUGCUGGAUAUGACAGACCAUGUGAUUGGGGGUGGACCUGGAUUGGUCUUGCCCACUCACCCUCACCCAAUUCAACAUUCUGGCUUGAUGGGUCUCCCCUGGAUUACUGUGGUUUCGGGAACGGAGAUUGUGUGAUUGCCGAGAUGUAUGACUGCGGCUUUGAGGUUCAUAAUGAUGCAUCUUGCUACCCGAAGCAGCCUAAAAUGUGGAACUGGUGGUUGGCAGGGUUUCACUACUCGCGUUAUAUCUGCAAAAAGGGCACCAUUAAU